CUUAGAGAGAAGAUUGAUCCACAACUACUCUCUAACAUACCAGAGUGGGAGAAGGUUGAUUUAAAUUCAGCUUGGAAGAUAAUAUCAAGCAGUAUUCUAGAGAUGGCAAACCAGUCAUUACCAAAGAAAAAGAUUUACAAUACACUGGCUAAUAAGAAAAAAAAG